UGUAUCUAAUACUUAUCCUCUUUUUUUAAGAGCUUAUUACGAGUAACAUAAAAUUGCUUUCCUCUUGGGGGCCUGAAGGUUGCCAGAAUGGAACACUUACAAUUGAUGCUCCCGUAGGCGAUAUCCAUCGAUAGGAAGAUGCAGAAGGGGACGAUUGACAUGAAGGGUUUCCGAUGGUGGGCGGUUAAGCUAAUCGGUUUGGUACCGGAAAGGGUUGAAAAUGGGUGAUAAAAGAAUGAAGAAUCAUAUCAAGGGCGUAGUGGGGGAUCCAAAUUCCAUACAGUGGUUGUACUCACAUCUCUCAAAGACCAGUGGAAAAACACGCCUCCAAGUUGGGAGAAAUCAGACGAUCCUUGUGGAGGAUCCUGGGAAGGAGUAGCCUGCAAAAACUCUAGGGUUACUGCAUUGUGAGGGACCUUUCCUCAGUAUAUAUCUUUGACUAAGUUUAGCAGACGCUAUUUUAUGUCAUAACUUGUCCGUUGUGCUGUUUCUACUACCUGAGACCUGUCAUUUAACCGAGACCUCACAGGCUCUAUCUCUGUAAGGAUUGGAGAUCUGCAUAAACUAAGCAUAUUGAUUCUUGCUGGGUGUAGCUUUAGUGGCAGCAUACCUGUUGAUCUUGGAAAACUUUCAGAUUUGUCCUUCUUAGCACUCAACUCAAAUAACUUCACUGGUGAAAUUCCAGCAUCUUUGGGUAAUCUAUCCAAACUCUACUGGCUGGACCUGGCUGAUAAUCAGUUGACUGGAUCUCUCCCUGUUUCGACAUUCAAAAAUCCGGGACUGGAUCUUCUUAGAAAGGCAAAACACUUCCAUUUCAACAAAAACCAGCUUUCGGGCACAAUUCCUGCUGAAUUGUUUAGCACUAACAUGGUGCUCAAACAUAUGUAAGUCAAGAUACCAGACCCAUCAUCGAACUAACCCCUUGAUUCCCCUGUAUCUCUUAUCAUCAAAGGUUCUGUAUGGUAAACUGUUUGAUGGGAAUCAAUUUAGUGGGAGUAUACCAUCCACAAUAGGACUAGUUCAGACAAUUGAGGUUCUCCGGCUUGAUAGAAAUUUCCUUAAUGGUAGUAUCCCUUUGAAUCUCAACAAUCUGACAAGCACGAUAGAAUUAAACAUGGCACAUAACAAGCUGUCUGGCUCACUACCUGACCUGAAUGGAAUGAACUCUCUUAAUUACUUGGAUUUGAGUAACAAUUCCUUGCAGCAGUCAGAAGCUCCCGUCUAGUUUUCAACUCUACGAUCACUUACAACUCUGGUGAUCGAAUAUGGCUCACUUCAGGGACCAGUACCUCAGGAACUUUUCAGUUUCCCCCAGAUUCAACAACUGAAGCUUCGGAACAAUGCCUUUAAUGAGACUUUGAAUAUGGGCAGUAGCAUAAGUCACCGAUUGCAACUCGUGGAUUUCCAAAACAAUGAGAUAUCAUCAGUAACCCUUGGCUCAGGGUACAGAAAGACAGUGAUAUUAAGAGGGAACCCAGUUUGCACCUCCCCACUUGCUAAAACUGACUAUUGUCAGCUUCAGCAACAAGCUGCAACCCCGUACUCUACCAGUCUAGCCAACUGCGGAAGCAAAUCAACUUGUUCCUCUGAUAAAAAACUUAGCCCGCAAAGUUGUGACUGUGCGUACCCAUAUGAAGGAACAUUAUACUUCAGGGCACCCUCCUUCAGGGAGUUGUCCAAUGUUGAAUUGUUCCAGUCUCUUGAAAUGAGUCUUUGGCUAAAAUUAGGACUCAGCCCUGGCUCAGUCUUUCUGACGAACCCCUUUAUCAACAUGGAUGACUAUCUUCUGGUGCAUGUAGAACUCUUUCCAUCUGCAGGAAUGUAUUUCAAUAGGUCAGAAGUUCAGAGGAUUGGAUUUUUCUUAAGUAAUCAGACAUUUAAGCCACCUCCGAAAUUCGGGCCUUACUAUUUCAUAGCAUCUCCUUACACUUUUCCAGCUAAGCAUGGUGGAACAUCCAUAAUAAGCUCAAGGCUGAUGAUUCUCGGAGUAACUGUUGGUUGUGCGUUUUUGGUUCUGUUGCUCACUGGUUUGGGAGUUUAUGCAGUUCAGCAAAAGAAACGUGUUGAAAGAGCAAUUGAACUGAUAAGACCUUUUGCAUCUUGGGCUCCAAGCAACAAAGACAGCUGUGGCAUACCCCAGCUUAAAGGGGCGAGAUGGUUCUCUUAUGAUGAACUCAAGAAAUGCACAAAUGACUUUGCUCAGAGCAAUGAGGUUGGUUCCGGGGGAUAUGGCAAGGUGUAUAGAGGAAUACUCUCAUGUGGGCAAGUGGUGGCCAUUAAAAGAGCUCAACAUGGAUCAAUCCAGGGGGGACUAGAGUUCAAAACUGAAAUCGAAUUACUUUCUCGGGUACAUCACAAGGACCUUGUUGGUCUUGUGGGAUUUUGUUUUGAACAAGGAGAACAAAUGUUGGUGUAUGAAUUUAUGUCAAAUGGAAGCUUAAGGGCAUGUUUGUCAGGGAAGAGAGGCAUUAACAUUGAUUGGAAGAGGAGACUUGGCAUAGCUCUUGGUUCAGCCAGAGGAUUAGCUUAUCUACACGACCUAGCUAAUCCUCCCAUUAAUCAUGGAGAUGUGAAAUCCACAAAUAUUCUACUGGAUGAGAACUUAACAGCUAAGGUUGCUGAUUUUGGCAUGUCCAAGCUUGUAAGUGCCGCCACAAAAGGACAUGUAUCCACACAAGUCAAAGGCACAUUGGGUUAUUUGGAUCCGGAAUACUAUAUGAGCGAACAGCCAACGGAGAGAAGUGAUGUAUACAGCUUUGGCGUUGUAAUGCUUGAGUUGAUCACAGCCAAUUGAAAAGGGAAAGUACAUUGUGCCAGAGGUUAAGGCGAACAUCAAGGAUGGGGAGGAACAUGUUGGAUCCCGGUAUAAGAAACGCCAUUGGGACAAACUCCAUAUCUGGAUUGGCAAUGCAGUGCGUGGAAGAAUUAACUGUUGAGCGGCCAACAAUGAGUGAAGGAACUCGAAACCAUCCUCCUCCUAGAUCAGAACCAUGAUGCUGAUGGGCUGAACACAGCAUCCCCCAUGUCAGCUUCCUCCUCUGCCACAUACUUCGGAUCGUCAACAAGAGCCGGUAUCCCCCUUGCACACCCGUACAAAGAUAAUGCCUUCCUUUGAUUAUAGUGGUGUCACAUUCUGAGCAACAAUUGAACCCAAAUGAACCUGCUGCCCUGGACAUUUUGGAUUUAUAUGUCAACCCUGGAGAGAUAUUCUCUCCGUCCUUUAAAACUUUGUUAACUUUCCUUUUUAGAAUAUCCCAAAAAUUUUGCAACUUUUCGUUUGAAUCAACUAAUAUGUAAUUUCUGUUAUUUCUCUUCUCUACAAAAAGAUCAAUCACACAGUUUUUACUUCAUUAUCUUUCGUGUCAGUCAAACUUUACCAAGUUUUAUGAAAUGGAGGGAGUAUGCCAAUAGAUACAAAUAUGUAAUAAUGACUAAUGACAUUUAGC